AUGGAGGGAGCAGACAGUCCCGUCUGUCUCUCCGUGACGGUGAGCAGCAGUAAACCCAAUGUGGAGGUGCACGAACACUCAGAUGCCGUGCUGUCCUGCGAGUUCAGGACGGAGAAAGAUCAAAACCCUCGGAUCGAGUGGAAGAAGAGAGGGAAGGGGGUGACGUUUGUUUACUACAACAACAAAUUUAUGGGGUCGUACGCGGGACGCGCCAAGAUGGAGGGAGCCACGCUGACCCUCCACGCCGUCAGCCAGAAGGACUCGGGGGAAUACCGGUGCGAGGUGACGGCCAGCGAGGACCACGUCAACCUGGGGGAGGCCACGGUCGCCCUCAGCGUGCUGGUUCCCCCCCACGUCCCGUCCUGCGACGUCCCGAGCUCGGUGUUCAUCGGCGCCGACCUGGAGCUGCUCUGCAAGGACCAGCUGAGCGUCCCCCCCGCCACCUACCGCUGGUUCAAGGACAACAAGGCCCUGGCGCCGUCCGGGGACUCUCCGUACAGCGUCGACGCAAAGAAGGGCUCCCUGAAGUUUAAAAGCGUGUCCAGGGACGAUGCAGGGAUGUACCGCUGUGAGUCCUCCAACAGCGUGGGGGCGCCCAAGAGCUGCGUGGCCCAGCGGCUGAAAGUCAUUGAAUACCCUCUGAACAUGACGAUUCUGAUAGCAGGAGCUUCGGGCUUCGUGGCGCUCGUCCUGAUCUGCUGCAUCUGCGUUUGCAUCUGUCGCCGCCGAGGAUGCUGCAAGAAGAGCAAGAAGACUAAAAGCGCCCGGUCCUACCACCCGCCCGCCCCGCCCCCCCCGCCCACCAGAACCUUCAAACACUACCGGCAGACGCAGUCCUUCAUGAUCUGA